AUGAUAGAGCCUCGAGAUAUACAAAAGAAAACCAACCUAUUCAAGCGUUCACCCCAGAAACCAGUUUACAAACAAAAUCUCUUGAUGGACCAAGAAGAGCCUCAAUAUAUCAUUGACAAUUAUAAGAAUUCAUAUUUGAAAAUAGGCGGCCAUGGAGAUGGUCUAGAUAAAUCUGACAACACUAAUAUCAUCCCGUUAGCCGCCAAUAUUAAAUCCACACAUAUAAGGACAGACUCGGAUGGAUUAAUUCUUGCAAAUGCUUUUUAUAUAUUUAUGACGAUAAUUGUUUUGUUAAUCCUUGUCAGUGCUAUUUUGUUUGGAAUAAGAGAGUAUUCUUUUGCAUUCAGAAGAAGAAUCAAAUCGUCAACAAGCGAGGUGGUAAAGUUAGACGAUUGGAAUAACUCUAAGAAAAGGGCAAACAAUUUCAUGCCACUAUGUAACAAAACAAAUAAAGUUCAAGUUAGAGAAGCUGCCAAUAUUGGAACAAACAACCAACAGGAUACUUCAAUGUCAAGUAAAAACAACGCAAUUUCUGGUAUGACACAAUUUACAGACAAAGAGGCAAAAAUUGAAAAGACACCACAAUGGUGCUACAAAGAAGAGUCAUCACCUAGCUAUAAUAUGUCAUCAUCUCAAGGUAAAUCAGAUAAGAUAUAUUAUGAAAAUGAGUAUGACAGUGGUCUUACCGACAAAUCCAUAACCAAUUUCACUAAGAAACAAACAAUUCCAUCUUUUGUCACUGUACCACCAAAGUCAGUCUACAGUAUAGACAUGUUAAUGGCUCUCGACAAAACUAAGGCAAUGAUAGGUGGGGUAUUAAAUAAUGUUUUCAAAUUCAAACAAAAGCAAAAGAUCCCAAUGUCUUGUUUACUAAGUUGUACUAUAAAUUUGCCUCCAACGACCUUUGACAAUGCUUGGAAAGCUGCCAAAGUUAUACGAGAAGCUGAGAAUGAGAUAAUAACAUCAACUUGCAAUGUUUCCAAAAAGCUUCUGCUACUUCAAAUAUUGUCAAUUGGGAAAUCUUAUGAACUUUUGGACAACCCCAACAUCUUUCUUGAAGCAUUCAAUGAUUGUAUUGAGAAUUUGGUAGACAUGGGACUUGUUUUCACUAUGAUGUCUGAUUCAAGUGUUGCUUUGAAACUACUAUUAAUAGAAAGCUUGCUCACUUAUAGCUGGUCGCAUUACCGUUUCUAUGACUUUGAUAUGAAAAGCAAUCUUGUGAAAUUACAAUUCAGUAACUGGAAUUUGCCUCACCCCAUUGUACAAACAAGAAAUACCAUUUUCAAGAUACUAUGCAAUUUGCAAUUGGGACUCGACUCUGUUUUUGAGGAAUCCAAAGAGUUUGAAAAUGACAAUGAACUCAAAUUGGGGUUAGUUAUACGGGAAUCAAUAAACCACAGUGUGUGUAAUGAUUACAUUGGAUACAUCCCUAUGAUUGCCCAAGCAAUAGAUAUUUCCAACAUUGAUAGAAACAAAUUCUUCUUUUAUGAAAUUUUAAAACUAUUGGUGCUGAAACAUGGCAAUUGUUGCAUGAAAGAAUAUAUACAAGAAUCAAACAUUGAAUUGAAAACUUUGGUACAGUAUGGGCUUUCAGAUGACCAACACUUGGUGAUACAAGAUAAAGCCAAGGAAAUAUUCAAAAUGCUAUCUCAUCAUGAUGAAAAGAUUUUUAUGUGGUUCAACGAUAGUAACCAUUCCAAAAUACACAUGGAUUCAGCAGUACCGCUUUCAACUGAACAUACAGAAAAAUAUUUCAGUGCACCAUUAUUUAAACAACAACAGCAAUUACUCGAAGAACCAAGUUCAGGUUCAACUAUUGAUUCUUUCUCACACUCUUGGAAGAUGGGUAUCCUUUCGACCGAUUUGAAGUUUCAUAAAAAUGUUAACCAUCAUCAGUCUUGA